GGCAAUACACAUAAAUGCCAAAUGGGUGAUACCAUGGAGAGGAAUGCUAGCCAUCAUCAGCCUCCCUCCACUGAAUUCGUCAAUCACCACCCCCGCCACCCCCACACUCACUCAAUAAACUCCAGUAGCUCCCAAUUGCCUCCAGGAUCAAAUAUAAAAUGCUUGGCGUUCAGAGCCCUUCAUAACCUAGCCCCUCCUACCUUUCCAGCCUUCUUAUGCCAUAUCCUCUUCAGCCCAGUGGCACUGGCCUCCUGGUUCUUCCAUGAACAAGACACUCCAUCUCUUGAGGCUCCAGUGACUCCAGUUCAGAUGGCUGAGGCUGGUGGUGAUGGCGGUGACAACGAGGGCAGGCCUCGUCCUUCGUGCAGGUAUUUUGCCCAGGGGUUCUGUUACCGAGGACAGGAUUGCCCCUUUGCUCAUGACAGACAGUCACUGCCCGUCUGCAAGUACUUCCAGCAGGGGUUCUGUUUUCGUGGAAAUAAGUGCAGGUACCUGCACCCCCAGGCUUCAGAGUCCCCAGAAAGCCCUGCGGAGCCUCUCCCGCCUUCGGCAGAGCGGAGGCAGGUAGCCUGUGAGCUGGCCGCUCUGCCUUCCCGGCUUGAAGAGCUUAGAAGUACCCAGCAUGGUAGAGGGAUCUCGGAUCUGGGCUCGCCCGAGGUGGCUGACAGCACUUUCUCUGACCCUCCGGACAUUCCGCUGGGCCAUCUCCAUCUUAACUCCGCCCUGGAGCCUGAGCCAGCACUGCUCCCCGACUCCUUCCCAGAACGGAACGUCUUCAGAGCCCCAAGAACUUGGCCCCCAGACCCAAGGGGAGGAUCGGGGGUAACGGAGUUCGUCCUGAACGAAGACAGCCGGAAUGUGGUAUGUGGCAUCUGUAUGGAGAAGGUGUGGGACAAGCCCCAAGAAGACCGCUUCUUUGCCAUUCUGCCCAACUGCUCCCAUUCCUUCUGCGUGAGAUGCCUCAGCACCUGGCGCCAGAGCUGUGGGGAAAGCUUUCAAAACGUCAUCAAGGCUUGUCCAGAGUGUCGGGUCCAUUCCAACUACUUUAUCCCUCAUAAGUUCUGGGUCAGCAAGGGACCUGAGAAGGAACAGCUCAUCCAGAAUUUCAAGGAGCAAACAAGCCAGAUCCACUGCAAGUUCUUCAAAAAAGGGAAAGGCCGAUGUCCUUUCAGAUCUGAAUGCAUCUACCUGCACCAAUUACCCGAGUUCUGGCAAAAGAACUGGGGUUCCGUGAGUAGGCUGAGUAAGGGAAAAAAGGGAUUCAUAGGGUGGAGGCUGGCUGGUGACGGGAAGCCUGGAUCAACUCUUGUCUUCUCUCCCAGAUUUUAUAUUCCAGUGACAGUUCAGAUGAUGGAGACAAAGAAGGAAUCCAUUUCUUCGACCAUGUCAUCAACGUGUCCGUAACAAUGAAGAAAACCUUUUCCAAAUUACAGGGAUUCUGAUGGCUGACUUGUGGGGGUGGGAAAGCAGGGACAGUUGUGUUCUUCAGAGACAGAGGAGGGUAUAUAAGCAAUAGUUCAUAUGGAAAGGAGCCAUCUACUCCACGGUCUGUAUCUAUGACACAUUGGAGACGGGACAGUGCACGAGAAAUGAAUGAUCAGACCUUGCACCAUAAGGAAGGUCCCCAUCACUUUCCGUUCUCUUUGGGCCUUAGUUUUUAACUUUUUAUAUAAUGAUUCUGAAACAAAUUAAACUAGUUUAAAUCACCACAA